CCGACUGCCUGCUCCUCCGGAGCGCCUCGGACGUCGGCAAAGAUGUGGAUCUGGACGCCGUCGUGGAAGCCCUGAAGCCCGUGGGGACCUUUAAGAAGCUCGGCAAGGUGUUCCGCACGGAGGGGGACGCCACCGCGGGGAUGCUGCACAUCGGGGAAGAUGCAGACAGUUUGCUUGUCCCUCGCGAGGUCAGGCUGGCGCAGGGGGCGGGGGGCGUCUGGAGGGUCAUCUCCAAGCCUGCCAGCGAGGAGGCGGAAUGUCGCUAGCGGCUGAGCCAGUUUCUGGAGGAAGAAGGCCGAGCCCUGGAGGAUGUUGCCCACCUCAUUGAGAAGAGACCCCAGCAGCCCCCAAAGCCCAGGGAGCCCUGAGUGAGGAGGAGAGUCCAGCAGAUGGUGACCCCUCCUCCCCGGCUGGUCGUGGGUACCUAUGACGGCAGCGACGCCAGCGACGCCAGAGACAGCGAGUUCAGCGACCUCGAGACCUCCAGAGAGGAGGGUGGCAAGGGCCACCGCAGCCCUGGGCGUGGCAGGAAGGUGCGCAAAAUGCCCGUCAGUUACCUGGGCAGCAAAUUCCUGGGGAGCGACCUGGAGAGCAAGGAUGAGGAGGAACUGGUGGAGGCCUUCCUCCGGUGUUCAGAGGAGAAGCCCAGCUCACUGCCCGCGUUUGAAGGCAACCCGGGCCCCGCGGACACCAAAGCAGACAGGUGGCGAGAGUGUGUCAGCCAGGUGUCCUGGGAGCUGAAGCGGAGGGUGAAGGGUUGGGCGCCCAGGUCCAGCCCUGGAGUGGGAGAGGCCCAGCAGGACUCCGCCAGGGUGAGAGGGAGGGGGUGCCAGGUAGCGCCAAUCAAGGGGGGUAACGUGGGGAACGCAGGAGAUGGGCCGUUGCCUGAGCCCCGCACAAGGCGGUGGAGGUCCAAGGUCAGCUGGGCCUCGUUUAGGCUGCUCCAGAAGGAGGAAGCAGCAUCCACAACUCAGUGGGUGGAGGCUGCAAGCGAUCAGAGGGCGGAGGCCAUGGCUGACCAGGGGACAAGUGUUGUGCGUAAUCAGGGGGCAGAGGCCCCAGCUGUCCGGGACGCUGAAGCCUUAGCUGCCCGGGCGGCCCCAGGAGCAGCCCCAGGAGCUGGGGCCCGCAAGCAGGUGAAGACGGUGAGGUUCCAGACCCGAGGGAGAUUUUCGUGGUUUCUCAAGCGCCGGAGAGCCUUCUGGCACACUCCCCGGUUGCCCAAGAGAGUCGCCAGGGCAGGCGAGGCCAGGAGCCUCCGAGUGCUGAGGGCAGAGGCCAGAGCAGCAGCGGAGCGGGGAGAGCAAGAGGACCUGCUGUGAGGAGAGGGCAUGGGAGCCACAGAGCGCCUGCCACCUUGUGGGCCACUCAGGGCACGUCCCCCUCUCUGCACUGGACACGGAUGCUCCUUCUGCCCCACACAUGAAAGUGGAGUAGAGGGCCGGGCAGCGCCCCACACAUCUCCACCCAACACCCCUCUUUCUUUCUUGUUAAAUGUUUCUUUCAUGCAUUG